UCUUCUCAAGUGGGUGGCCAGCUCCCAAGUCCAUCCCAGCUCUGCGGGACGCCUCUUAGAAACUGCUGUGCGUGUGGAGCGAGGCAGCCUAAAGCUCGAGCAAGGCGGAGCGGGAGGAACAAAGGGAGUGAGCCGCGGGGAGGAUGCGGGGCUCCAGGGCACCCCACCCAGCGAGUCCGGGGCGCUGCCUGGCAUGGAGGUAGCCCGGCCAAGUGCUCUGCAGAGUGGUGUUUGUUCGGGCUGGUACACAAAGACUCACUUCCUCGGGGCCGGGCUGCCAGACUGCGCUUCUGACCACUUGCAGCCCGCUCGCAUUCUUGCAUCCUUGCUACUGCCCAGGACCCUUGGUCCCCGGGUACCGGGCACAGUGCGGGCGUGGACUGUGCAGGUCUGGCCUCACAGUACUUUAGGAUAUCAAGGCGAGGUGCUGGCACUAGAGGUCUGCCAUGAAACCACACUUGAAACAAUGGCGACAGCGAAUGCUUUUUGGAAUAUUUGUUUGGGGGCUUCUUUUUUUGGUGAUUUUCAUCUACUUCACGGACAGCAACCCUGCUGAACCUGUACCUAGCUCCUUCUCCUUCCUGGAAACCCGAGGGCUCCUGCCCAUCCAGGGUAAGCAGAGGGCCAUCAUGGGCGCUCUGCACGAGCCAGCUUCCCUUGGGGGCUUGGAUGCAAACAGGCCGCUGCCAGAGAGCCACCCAGCCGGCCCCUUUCACACCGGGCCUGGAGACCCCCAGAUAUGGGAUCAGGCCCCAGACACAUUUGGAAAUGGAGAAGAGUUUUUUUCAUCUCAGGUCAGGAGGAAAUCUCCAAGUGCUUUCUACCCUGAGGACGACUACAUUUUUGCUGCAGGUCAGCCAGGGUGGUACAGCCACACGCAAGGGACACUGGGGUUCCCAUCCCCUGGGGAGUCCACCUCGCGCGACAGGCCGGCUGGCCCGGCCCAAAGGAAACUGGUAAAGAAGCGACAGGGGAGGCAAGGAAGGAGCCCCAUGUUGGAAGAUGGCGAGAACGGCGAUCGGCUGUAUGCCUCCAUGUCCAGGGCCUUCCUGUACCGGCUGUGGAAGGGGAACGUCUCCUCCAAGAUGCUGAACCCGCGCCUGCAGAAGGCCAUGCGGGACUACCUGGCCGCCAACAAGCACGGCGUGCGCUUCCGCGGGCGGCGCGAAGCCCGCCUGAGCCGAACCGAGCUGCUGUGCGAGCUGCGCCGGCGAGUGCGCGUGCGCACCCUGGAUGGCACUGAGGCGCCCUUCUCCGCGCUGGGCUGGCGGCCGCUGGUGCCCGCGGUGCCCCUAGGCCAGCUGCACCCGCGAGGCCUGCGCAGCUGUGCGGUCGUCAUGUCUGCAGGCGCCAUCCUCAAUUCCUCUCUGGGCGAGGAAAUAGAUUCUCAUGAUGCAGUUUUGAGAUUUAACUCUGCUCCUACACGUGGCUAUGAGAAAGAUGUUGGAAAUAAAACCACAGUGCGCAUCAUUAACUCCCAGAUUCUGACAAACCCCAGCCAUCAUUUUAUUGACAGUUCUUUAUAUAAAGAUGUAAUCUUGGUGGCUUGGGACCCAGCUCCUUAUUCUGCUAAUCUUAACCUGUGGUACAAGAAGCCAGAUUACAACCUUUUCACUCCGUAUAUUCAACAUCGUCAGAGAAACCCAGCACAGCCAUUUUACAUUCUUCACCCUAAGUUUAUAUGGCAGCUUUGGGACAUCAUACAGGAGAACACAAAAGAGAAGAUUCAGCCCAACCCACCGUCUUCUGGUUUCAUUGGGAUCCUCAUCAUGAUGUCCAUGUGCAGAGAGGUGCACGUGUAUGAAUACAUCCCAUCUGUUCGGCAGACAGAACUUUGCCACUACCACGAGCUCUACUAUGACGCAGCCUGCACCCUGGGGGCAUACCACCCACUGCUGUAUGAGAAGCUCCUAGUGCAGCGCCUGAACACAGGCACCCAGGCGGAUUUGCAUCACAAGGGCAAGGUGGUCCUGCCAGGCUUUCGGGCUGUGCGCUGUCCUGUGCCCAGCCCCAGUGAUAGGCACUCUUAAAAAAUGGACUCUUGAGAAUCAAUGUGCAAUAAGGUACUACUGUAGUCCUCAAAGUCACAAAAAAAAAAAAAUACUUGAAGCUAGAUUUAGGU